GCCGCCGCCAGAGGUAGUCUCCGUCGGGAAACGUGGUGCAGCCUCCUUGGUGCGAAGGUGCUUUCAAACUUUAGGUUUCUGUUCCUUUCCCCCACGUUUCUGAAGAGCAGAGAGGAAGAUGGAGAGCGAGUCUGGGGCGCAAACAUCAAAUCAGACGCAAACAGAUUCAUUAUCUUCAUCCCCUAAUCCUGUGUCACCUGUGCCUUUGAAUAACCCAACAAGUGCCCCAAGAUAUGGAACAGUGAUUCCUAAUCGCAUCUUUGUAGGAGGAAUUGACUUUAAGACAAAUGAAAAUGAUUUAAGAAAAUUUUUUUCCCAGUAUGGGUCUGUAAAAGAAGUGAAGAUUGUAAAUGACAGAGCUGGAGUGUCUAAAGGGUAUGGUUUCGUCACUUUUGAAACACAAGAAGAUGCACAAAAAAUUUUACAGGAGGCUGAAAAACUUAAUUAUAAGGAUAAGAAACUAAACAUCGGUCCAGCAAUAAGAAAACAACAAGUAGGGAUCCCUCGUUCGAGUAUAAUGCCAGCAGCUGGAACAAUGUAUCUAACAACUUCAACUGGAUAUCCUUACACUUAUCAUAAUGGUGUAGCUUAUUUUCAUAGUCCAGAGGUAACUUCUGUCCCACCACCUUGGCCUUCACGUUCUAUAUCAAGUUCCCCUGUGAUGGUAGCUCAGCCUGUUUAUCAACAAUCUGCAUAUCACUACCAGGCCCCUGCACAGUGUCUACCAGGUCAGUGGCAGUGGGGUAUUCCCCAGUCUACUGCCUCUUCUGCUCCAUUCCUAUACCUACAACCAUCUGAGGUUUUUUAUCAACCAGUGGAAAUUGCACAAGAUGGAGGAUGUGUUCCUCCUCCACUGUCUCUGAUGGAAGCUUCAAUUCCAGAGCCUUAUUCUGAUCAUGGAGUUCAAGCAACAUAUCACCAGGUUUAUGCACCAAGUGCCAUUGCUAUGCCUGCACCUGUGAUGCAGCCUGAACCAAUUAAAGUAAGAAGUUUGUUUUGA